AUGUCUGUGACCGAGACCUUCACCGUACCAACCCCAUCCGCUUCUUCUGGCGGCUCCAGCGACGAGCGGUACUUUGUGGCCCAUCCUUUGACGCCUAGUAUGGAACGGUACCCUGGCUACGCCAACGACUUCAGAGGUAUAACCUUCUCUGUCGGCGAUACAGCUAAGGUCACUGUCAACGCGUCUAGCAAGACGGGGGGAGCCGCCACCGUAGAGAAUCAAACCAGUGGCAAGGCAGUUACACAUAUAUUCACUAGCCAAAGCGACAACGCUCUUUGCGAGACUUAUGGGGAGUGGAUCAUGGAGGGCUUCUCCUCUUUGGUGUCACUUGUUUCUUUCAUUAACUUUGGCAUUGUUGCUUUCACUAAUAUUAUCGUCACCAGUGGUGGUUCUAUAUUCUUCCCCAGCACAUUUUCUUUCUCUCUUUGCCCCUCACGAUUGCUCUUCUCAGGCUUUGAGCAAGGUCAGGACUACCGUGAAGAAUACGGAGGAACCAACCGAAUAAAACCAGGAAGAGCCUGGGCUUUGCGCAAUUACGUCUGA